CACACACACACACACACAAAUUAAUCCAUUUAUACCCUUUUAGCCAAAAAAAAAACCCUCAUUAAAAAGACGAUCCCCGAUUGUUUAUAUAAAAUAACAAGAGUACAACUGAUCAUCCUAUUGUAUAUAUAUUUAAGAUUUUGUAUCUAACCAUCAGGAAAUCAUAAGAUCUCUCUCUAUACCACACCCACACACACACAAGAAGAAAAAAAGAAAGAUAUGGGAAGGUCACCGUGUUGUGAGAAAGCUCACACAAACAAAGGAGCAUGGACGAAAGAAGAGGACGAGAGGCUCAUAGCUUACAUUAAAUCUCAUGGCGAAGGCUGCUGGCGAUCUCUUCCUAAAGCCGCUGGACUUCUCCGCUGUGGUAAAAGCUGCCGUCUCCGCUGGAUCAACUAUCUCCGCCCUGACCUUAAGCGCGGCAACUUCACCGACGAAGAGGACGAGCUCAUCAUCAAGCUCCAUAGCCUUCUUGGCAACAAAUGGUCGCUUAUCGCCGGGAGGUUACCAGGAAGAACAGAUAACGAGAUUAAGAACUACUGGAACACACAUAUACGAAGAAAGCUUAUAAACAGAGGGAUUGAUCCAACCACCCAUAGACCAAUCCAAGAAUCAUCAUCAGCUUCUCAAGAUUCUAAACCUAUACCGCAACUAGAACCAGUUACGAGUAGUAACACCAUUAAUAUCUCCUUUGCUUCUGCUCCAAAGGUCGAGACGUUCCAGGAAAGUAUAACUUUUCCGGUAAAGCCAGAGAAAAUCUCAAUGCUUACGUUCAAAGAGGAGCGCCCAGUUGAAGAGAAGUUCCCAGAUUUGAAUCUUGAGCUCAGAAUCAGUCUUCCCGAUGAAGUCGAUCGCCGCCAAGGCUUACUCGGGAAGUCAACAACGCCGCGUUGUUUCAAGUGCAGCCUGGGGAUGGUAAACGGCAUGGAGUGCAGAUGCGGAAGAAUGAGAUGCGAUGUAGUUGGAGGUAGCAGCAAGGGCACUGAUAUGACUAUGAGCAAUGGAUUUGAUUUUCUAGGGUUGGCAAAGAAAGAGACCACUUCUUUAAUGGGUUUUCGGAGCUUGGAGAUGAAAUAAUCUCAUUUUUUUAGGCGUAACUGUACAAAGCUUUUGCCUAGAGUAAGUAUAUCUGAAGGUAUAAUCUUCA